AUGAACGGGCAGACAUCACCUGCUUUAGAGGAGAAGAAGCCCUCGAUAUCGGCCACUAAGGACUCCCCGACCCUGCCGGAGUCCUCCUCCACCGACAUGGGGUUCUACAGUGGCAUGAGCGCGCUUCACAGCUCGCAGGAUUUUUAUUCAGCGCAGCAGUCGUACUCAACCCAGCACAUGAACCCGUACGCCUACCACCACUACAACCUGAACGCGAUGGCUCCCGGUGGUGCCUACUCUGUUGGCAAGCCUGAGUACGCGUACCCCCCCUCAGCAUACAGAGAGCACGGAGCCUUCAGCAGGGAGGUUCAGUCAGCGAUGCAAGAGGGUGUCAAAGAGGAGACAGACCUUGAAGUGCGGAUGGUCAAUGGGAAGCCCAAAAAAGUGCGAAAGCCUCGGACUAUCUACUCCAGCUACCAGCUGGCAGUGCUGCAGAGGAGAUUCCAGUCAGCCCAGUACUUGGCCUUGCCAGAGCGGGCUGAGCUGGCUGCACAGCUGGGCCUCACACAGACACAGGUCAAAAUUUGGUUCCAGAACCGGCGUUCCAAGUUUAAGAAACUGUUCAAGAAUGGAGAGUUUCCACUCGGGGAAAUACCUCUUGAACACAGUCCAGAUGCCAGCGAUUCCAUGGCCUGCAACUCUCCUCCAUCCCCAGCUGUGUGGGAAAAUAACAACAACAGUAAUAACAACAAUUCAAGCAGCAGCACAAACAGCAGCAGUAUCAAAAAUAAUGCAAUGCUUGAACCUGCCAGCAGGGGACAGGGUCUUUAUCAACCUACAGUUUCAGUUGAUUCUUCAUCCACUUACAUGGAGGAGUACACACACCAGAACUGGUACGAACAGCAGGGUGCCCAUUUAGGUUUGCCACAUUCGGGCCAGACAAACCACGUACCACCCACAGCAGCAUCAGCCUCACAAAGUAUGGGAGCCGUCUAUUAA